AUGGGUGAUAAUCUCUUCCUCAUAAGUCGAGCGGACAUUUUUUCCAUCUACCCCAAAAUAUUCAAUGAACUCAUUGCCCAGGACGAGGCUGAGCGCCAGAAGAGUGGCGGACGUGUUGCGAAGGAAAUCAAUUUGCCUAGUGAUUAUGAGUUCAAGCUCAAAGUGUAUUUUCGCCUGCUCGACCAGCAGCGGAAGUUGAAUGAGGCCGAGGAAAAGGGACAUGCACCAGAAAAACUAGACACGCUGCGCGUCGUUGAAUUGUGGGAUCCUCUUCAUGAUUUUGAAUUGAUUGCGACACCAUCGAUUAUAAUCAGGAAAAAGUGCUUCAUCGACGACCCAAUUAAAUAUCUUGACACGGAAUUGGGCAUUUGGUCACUCGAAGACAUCUCAAAGGCUGGAAUGUUGCUCAGAAAGCCACCAUUUCCCUGCACUUUUCACAAUGAACACGAAAUGAGGAGAGUUUAUUCUCUCAUCUAUGAUGUAUUCCGAUACAAAACCGUGUUGCACCAAGCGCUCAUCAACUCGAAAUUCUUCAUAGUUUAUCCUCAUUUGGAACCGGACAUUAAUCGAGUGUGGCUCAUCCUCUUCGAUUUGCACAUGCGACACUUCCUCAUGCGUGAUCCGGAGGAGACCAAGAAGAAGAACAUCCUCUUUAAGGAGUCUGAUCUCACGGACAUUGACAAUCGCCUGUGGGAGUACAGAAUAAAGCUUGCAGCUGCUCUAUCGAGACUGAGAAUAGAGAACGGAGCUCUAACUCUCUCUCACUUGCUCCCCGUGCAUUUACAGGACGAAAAAGUGGCUGUGGCUGCGGCCAAUCCCAUCGUGUCCGGAUGGAUCAAUCCCUUCAAGUUCCCCAAGAAGGAGAACGCCGUGGCGUAUUUGGCCGAGAGAACGUUCAGCGAGACUCCAACACUCGCCAAUGGAAAGUAUGAAUCUCUGGCGCUAAAUCAGUUCAAGUGGGAUCGCGUGUGUCCUUUCUACAUGCAAUGCCUGCCCGCCAACCGGGGCCUUCUGGCUCAAACGCCCUUCAUCAAGGACUUCAUGUUCAUCCUGCAGGAUCGCGCCUUCUCCAUCGGCCCAGCUUACUUCUCUCGCCUGCUGGACCACUUCACCAUCAAUGGCGACGUUGUGCAGACACACGUCUCGUCCCCGAGAUCCACGGCCUACUUGGCAUCGCUGUUUCUCACCAACGCCCGCGUCCGCAACUUCCUAGCCUUCGGCGCUGGUCCUCGGGUCGAGGAGUACCGAGACUUUAUGGCCACUCUGGGUGUGAACAAUGUGCGCAUCUUCUCGGAGAACUUCACCAACAUCUCCCUCAAGUCGCAGCUGUUCGAGAGGGCUGUGGGGAUCUUCGCCACGCCUCCGAACAGCUACAGCGGCGUCACGGAUCCCAUCGAUCUCAUCUGCAGCCGAGGAGGCGACCUGACCAUGCUCGAGGUCCUCACAGAGUCUGAAGUGAGCGACAGCGGAAAGAAACGCGUGGCCGAAGUCUUGAUGGAGCAAAAGGAAACCCUGAGACUCUCCUUGUCGCGUCCUCAGAUCCAGUUCAUCCUCUACGAGACGCACUCCGUCGUGAGCUCGGAGAACGAGGACAUGCUGUCACGUGCUGUGCAGGACAUCAACAAGGCCGCGCAGCAGAAACACUUCCAAGUGAUGCGAGAUCUCGCCCGACAAGAUGCUCUGGCGGCGGCUCAGGAGGGAUUCGCUAUGUCGCCAUCGACGCCAACGUCCGCCCGCAGGAAAACCCGGCGACUGUCCACCGAAGUGCCGCCCAUCAAGCUUAAGUCGUCAGACAGCGAAGAGCCAGGCUCUUCCGAUUCCGAAGCCGACGGCAGAGAAACGGCCAAGUCACGCGUCUCAUCGAAGAAGUCCAUUUGCACAGCGUCCGAGGAGGAAUUCCUCUGCACCUAUGAUGUCCCGCCAACGGACAUCUUCGAAAUUGUGGACUUGCCAGACAUCUGUCUCAACAGAGAUCAGUGCCUGAGCCUAGAAGAGCACGGAUCCUAUUUGGCUCUGGCGAAGAGGAAGGAAAUUACGCGAUUCGAUUCCAAGUAUCUGAUAAAGAUGGCAGAAACGAGAGGUCUCUUCGGAGAUACAAAGCCCAAGACGGCACGCGCGAAGCCACAGAAGAAGAUCGAGAAGAAAGAAGUGGAAAUUUUAGAGAAACUAUCCGGGAAAAAACUGAAGAGGAAAAAGAGCGAUCUUUCCGUUCUGAUUAAUCGCUUGACCACACCAACGCUGUCCUUCCUCAAUCACUCUUACCUUCAGCGCUGCUCCUCAGCUGAGAAAAAGUUCCUGUUGUAUGACCCCAUCCGCUGCCGCUGCCUCAGGCAUCUGACUCAUCACCAGGACGUUGAUGGAGCCGCCGAACUGCAGUCGCAAGCGCAGGAACGGGCGCGUGCCUGGUGGCAACAGAGCGCGAGGUUCGUGAUCAAGCUACGUCGGAUUCAGAAAGACGUGCGUGCGUUGCGCAAGAGGAAGCCCAGUCUGUACAAGCCGCUGAAGGAGAAGCGGCUGAACCCUCUGCGACUGCCGCGCGUGAUCAAGCCCAACGAGCCGCCCCAGAAACCCAUGCGAGAGCUCCUGUUCAACCGCGAAUUGUUCCCGGUGUCCGUGAAUCAGCUGGAGAUGGAGCUGCGGCGGUGCUCUGCCGUGAGCCACCUCCGCAGCGAGUACGAGGAGGCCUCGAGUGGCGUGCGAAUCCCUCACAUGACGCAGUACAUCAAAUACAAUCCCAUUUACUACUACUCGCAUUCCUAUUGA